UUGAAAAUAAUGGCAACGCGCUUGGCUUGUAGCUGUGUUACCACUACCAUUAUUUUAUUCUACAUAAAGGCCACACCCCUAUGCCAUUUUCCUCGUCCUUCGCUCAGGAUCUCUCUCUCUCUCUCUCUCUCUCUCUACGCCCUAGAAAUAUGGCUUCUCACCUGUGGGCUCUGCCUCUGGCUUUGCUGUUAAUGGUAUCUGCAACCAUGGGAGCUGCCCCAAGGAAGCCUGUAGCAGUGCCAUUCGGCAGGAACUAUAUGCCUACAUGGGCAUUUGAACACAUUAAAUACUUCAACGGAGGCUCUGAGAUUCAGCUCCACUUGGAUAAAUACUCUGGCACUGGUUUCCAAUCGAAAGGGUCGUACUUGUUCGGCCACUUCAGUAUGCAAAUGAAGUUGGUUCCUGGGGAUUCAGCUGGAACUGUUACUGCUUUCUAUCUAUCUUCUCAAAACUCAGAGCAUGAUGAGAUAGACUUUGAGUUCUUGGGGAACAGGACUGGGCAGCCAUAUAUUUUGCAAACAAAUGUGUUCACAGGAGGUAAAGGAGACAGAGAGCAGCGGAUUUACCUCUGGUUUGAUCCAACCAAACAAUACCACUCCUACUCUGUACUCUGGAAUUUGUAUCAGAUUGUGUUCUUGGUGGAUGACGUCCCAAUAAGGGUUUUCAAGAACUGCAAAGACUUGGGAGUAAACUUUCCGUUCAACCAACCCAUGAAGUUAUACUCGAGUUUGUGGAACGCGGAUGAUUGGGCCACCAGAGGUGGACUGGAGAAGACGGACUGGUCCAAGGCUCCUUUUAUAGCCUCCUACAAGGGUUUCCACAUUGAUGGGUGUGAGGCAUCCGUGGAAGCCAAGUUCUGUGCCACCCAAGGGAAGCGAUGGUGGGAUCAGAAAGAGUUUCAGGAUCUGGAUGCCUUCCAGUACAGAAGGCUCAAGUGGGUCCGUCAGAAGUUCACCAUCUACAACUACUGCACUGAUAGAAAAAGAUACCCUACGCUUCCGCCUGAAUGCAAGAGGGACAGGGACAUAUAAAUUCCAUUAUUGGGAGACAUUGAGCGUGAUUUUAUGAGUUCAUGUGCCGCAGUGAUCAUCUCCUACAUACCCUAUUUAUUAUGGUUUGCUAUAAUUAUCUCCUACAUACCCUAUUUAUUUCCCUCACAGCAUGUGGGCUCUUGGCUUGUAUCUUUUCUAUCUUAUAAUCUUAGAUUAUAUUUCAUUAUUUGUACUUCUCAUAAAAGUAAUGAAAUGAAUCAUUUUCAUA